CACCCAUGAGUUGCUGAGUGUCGAAAAGUUUUCUGUAAACUUGGACCAUGAUUUCAAGGGCUCUGGAGCCCUUAGUCCCUUUCUGGCCUGGUUCUGGCCUGUCUGUAGUGUUCCUGGGAAGUAACAUGUGCUCCCAAAGGUGGGAGUGGUGUCUGGCUCUGGAAUUUCUAAUGCUGCCUCAUUUGUUCCUGGCAACCAGCAUUCAAGUAAAUGACAUCUCUAUGUCCAAUUACUGAAGCCAGAAUUCUGGAAGCCGUCUUCACUUCAUUUCUUUUCCUUGCCUGUCACAUCCAAUGAAUCAUUCGGAACAUCCAGUGACUGCCAUCUCAGGCAGCAAUGUGAGUCUGCAAAUCUCCAGUUUGCCUGCUAACUACAAACAACUCACCUGGCUUUACACCACCAAUCAGAAGAUUCUAGAAUGGGAGUCCAACAGGACUAGCUUCUUCAAGUCUAAGUUUAAGGACAGGGUGCGACUUAAUCAAAGCCAUGCACUGUGCAUCUAUAAUGUCCAGAAAGAGGACAGCAGCACCUACAUCCUCAGGGUGUUGGAUGAGUCUGGGACAGAGAAGGACUGGCAUAUCUCACUGGAGGUACAUGAUCCUGUACCUAAACCUGACAUAGAGAUCCGGAAGACACAGAAAGUGAACAAUGGCUGUCAUCUGCAGCUGUCAUGUAUGAUCCCAAACCAGUCCAUAAACUAUACCUGGUAUGGGGACUUAGGACCCUUUUCAACAGGGCUCCAGAAUUUUGUGCUUGAAAUCACCGUUGAGCCACAAAACUACUCCAAGUUUUACACCUGCCAAGCGAGCAAUCCUGUGAGCAGCAAAAAUGAUACUGUCUAUUUCACCUUACCUUGUAAACUAGCCAGAUCCUCUGGAGUAGCUUGGGUUGCAACAUGGCUAAUGGUCAUGGUACCCAUUGUUCCUGGCCUCAUAUGGACCUGAGACAAGCUCUUCCAACUCAAGAGUGAAACUUCAAGACAGCUGGGUCUUGCCUUCAUCAGCAACCGCGCUGUUAACCAAGACAGGAGCUCUGGCUACACGGGAUGGUAGCAAGUGUGCUAUUGAAGCAUCUACAAGCAUUUUCAAAUUAACUUUUUCAAAACUACAGUUAAUACUUUAUUUUAUAUCUCCUAGUUAUUUUCCAACACACAUACAUAGAUACACAUAUAUUUUUCCCGCCAAAAGAUGUGACCACACUAUGCAAUGUUUCCUUGUUUAAAUAAAGGAUGUGACCAUCAACGUCAGACUGUCA